UGCCCAAACAAAAUCAAACAAGAAUAAAGCCAAACAAGGUAGGAUCCAGUUGAUCCAUCUAUAAAACCCACAUUUUGGUACGUACGUAGCUACUAAAAACGAGAACCCACCACCAUGUCCGUGCUCGCAAACGGAAACAGCCGUGCCAUAAAAAAUGGCAAUCCCGAGCUCCAAAGCUUCUCGAGAUUUUUUGAGCAUUGGCUUGUGGAGCAAAACAAAUAUCUCCAGAACCUUAUAUCUGUCUCCACAAAACCUGAAAAGCAUAACUUACGGCCCCUCCUAAAUGGAGUGAUUCGGCACUACGAGCAAUACUAUGAGGCCAAGUCGAGGUGCGCUAAGCAAGAUGUGCUGGGCAUGCUUACACCCUCGUGGACCAGCACUCUUGAGGAUGCCUUCAUGUGGAUUGGCGGGUGGCGCCCCACUAUGGCCUUUCAUCUGCUUUACUCCAAGUCCGGCUUGCAGCUCGAGGCCCAACUCGCCAAUCUGAUUGCAGGGUUGAGUACCUGUGACUUGGCUGAUCUCUCCCCGUCUCAACUCACCCAGCUUGACCAGUUGCAGAGGAGAACCAUUAGGGAGGAGAGGGGUAUUACAGAGAAGAUGGCCAAGCAUCAGGAGACGGUGGCCGACCACUCAAUGGUUGAGUUGUCCCACAUGGUCACCGAGUGUACUGGUGGUACUGUUGAUGGGCUCGACAACCGAGUUGAGUUGGCUCUAGCUUCGAAGGAGGAGGUCUUGGAGGAGAUCUUGCACAAGGCUGAUGAUCUGCGGCUCAGAACGCUCAAAGCUAUUCUUGAUGUUUUUACUCCAAUCCAGGCUGUCCAUUUCUUGAUUGCUGCUGCGGAGUUGCACCUCAGAGUUCAUGACUGGGGAAUGAACAAGGACGCGACUCAACGCCCUGGUAGGGGUCAGAAUUGAUCAUCAAUUUAAUAGUUUGAGUACUGCCGGAGUUGGGGAAUCUUAUGAAAGUAAAAUUUUACGAAUUUAUCGUAGAAUAAUCGUAACUUGCAUGAGUUUAUCUUAGAAUAAUGGUAAUUUAAAGAUUGUUAUAAUUAUCUAUCUAAAUCAGAGUUUUUUAAGUAUUUGUAGCACUAUAGUGCAGAAUUUAUUUAGUAGUAGGUUUUUCCAAGUUAGAGUUGAAGUUAUUUCCAAAUACGUAGUUUAUUUGUAUUAAGAGUUUAUCUUAGGGUAAAGGUAGGAGUUCAUCUCUUAUUCUAUGUCUUUGUAAUUCUCUUAUUUAUAUGUGUGAGUAAUUAAUAAAAAGUAAGCAAAAUU